GUGGCUGGUUGAUUCAGGUGCUCAAAGUGUGACACAAUAAUAGGUGACUCCACUACUGGUGAUACAAUCACUGGUGACACAAUCACUGGUGAUACAAUCCCUGGUGACACAAGCAAGUAAAAAAAUCUCUGACAAUGUCGUUUAGAUUUGCUCAAGCAGGACAGAGAGGCGCUAGCGGCUUUAGUUUCACGCAGUCUUCUGGUCAAGACGGAACCAACAUGGCUGCCGAUAGCGGGACCAACAUGGCUGCUAAUAAUAGCAAGAAUGACGACGAGGUAGACACCAAGAUGGCUGCCGGUGUGUUUACGUGUAUUGGAGAGAAGGAAAGCCGAGAACGAUUCACGGAUUUCACUGUAGUAGUCCAGGACGUCAUUUUCAGGUGCCACCGUUUUAUUCUGAGCGCGUGUUCCAAGUUUUUUGAAGCUCUGCUUAGAACUGAUAUGAAGGAGACAAGCGAAGGUACCGUGGCGCUGGGUGGAAUGGAACCUGCGACCUUUUCUUUAAUCCUCGAUGUCUUGUACGCCGGUGCGAACAUUUUGACAACAGAGAACAUGUUUGUAGUCUGGCACGCUGCCAAUCAAUUACAGAUAGAUUUUUUAAUCAAGACAUGUGAGGAAUUUGUGAUCAAGAAUAUGACGUCAUCGAACUGCUGGACUGUGUACGAUGAAGCCACAAAACUGGACUCAGCCAAAGUGUUACGUGACGUCAGAAAGUAUCUGGCCGUGAACUUGGCUGACGUCAUUGUCAGUGACAGCAUCAUGUGUCUGUCACUUGACGACAUCAUUGGGAUUCUCCAACAUCAGUCUCGGACUGUCUGCACAGACUUUUCUGUCUUCUGUCUGCUGAGGUGGGCGUGUGCUGAGACAGACUCUAUUCGCGUCCUGUUCAAGGCCACACAUCCUCAUCAUGUGAUGAUGAAACAGAAGUACAAUCACCAGGGAACCCAGGAGGUCACGUGUAUCCCGCAGCUAAGUCCAGUUGAUACGGAGACAGCGGUCUACAGAAGGUCUUGUUUGAGCCAGCUGCUGGACAAGGUUGACCUGACACAAGCCAGCGUUGAUUGCCUGACCUAUCUCAUGACCAACGAGUUUGUGGCUGACCACAGAGACGCCAUACUGCGAGUUAACAGAGCGUCAGCCCAGAGAUUUGGUGCCGGUGCCCACCCGCAUAUUGCAACAGUAAUUGGUGCCACGUCGACAGGUAGACUGGGCACGUGCAAGCACUGUCAAGGGGGUUUGGUUUAUCAGUGAUAACAAGGUAUUGUUAUGUGGGGGGGAGGCGAGUCGAGACUCAACAUAAUUGUCAGUGUUCGAGGAGGCAUGGGUGGUGCUUCUUGUGUCCUGUCUACCUGUGCGUAUGUUCGCAGGGAUCUUGUCGCUUGUACUACCCAAGUGGCCCGUGUUUAUCUAUCGGCCUGAUUUUCUGACAAACAUCUUGACUAAAGAGAAAAAAACUGCGUGACCCACUUCUCUGAGACCAGUGUGUCCAACGUCAACAUCUUCAGCUACCUUAUGAUUAGCGGGAAGUACAAGGAGAGCUUCAAUACCCUCAUCAAGUUGGGUUCAAUCUAGUUUUCAUUAAGGAGGCUUUCUACACCGUCUACAAAAAGGGUUAGACAUCUAGUUUCCAUAGGAGAGUCUGCCAUCUCCUCAAGAUGGGUUCAAUGUAGUUUUUCUUAAGAAAAUUUCUGUAACGUCUUUAGUUGUUGUUUUAAGUUUAGAUUUAGAUUUCUCUAUUAAUUAAAAAAUAAUUUCGAAGUAGUUUUAUUCUAGAGACGUUUUUGUAACAAUUUCACAUCUACAAUCUAAAACUAGCUUAAGUCUAGUUUAUCGCAAUCCCAUACUAAUAUUUACAGUUUUUUUUUUACUAACGUUUGUUUUUAAAUUUGUGUCACAAUUUGAGAACUAUUGAGGGAGGGCAGAGUUACCCAACCUGAAAAAACUUACAGGUGACACAAAUCUAGGUCCGGGUGUUGUAACACAGCAAAUGUAUUAUGGACGAUAUGUGACGGAGCUGUUUGGAUGAUGACGUUCUUGUUACAAUUACUGGUGGGUUAUACGAGGUAAACACUUAAAAUACCUUGCCCUGUUUCUAAUGAACAACUCACAAACAUAUUUAAUGAGAGCACAUAUAUCAUGAGCCUGAUGGGCUGUGUUAUUGUUGUCAAAAUGAAUAUGGCCCAGAAUGUUGCUGAAUAUAUUCAUAGAAAAUGCUGCCUUCAGACAAAAUGUGUAUAGCAUUUAGAAUGAUUUUAGUGGAUUUUGACAUUUUGUAAAAUGUCGCGGUCCAUAGAAUGGGCACCCAUGAUUAAAUAAAACGAGAGACUAUUCUUUUGUUCGUAGCUGUGACACCAGUACAUGCAUACAGAUAAAACGGUCUGUGGCUAGGAAAGUAAGUCUUAAAAUCCUUGUUUAGACUAAUGAAGUUUUACACUUCCUGAGUGUGAUGAUCAUUCACUGAGGUGUAGUGUGUUUACGGGCUGACACUUAGAGUCAAAUAAAAAACAACGAGGCUGCUUGUUUCUGGAUCAGCUUAUUUAUUGCAUUCAUAGAGUUGUAAUUCCAGUACAAUUUGAAGUAGAUAUGGAGAUCUAUAGCCAUGUAAUAAUGA